AUGCAAAGUACGCUACUCCUACCUUCCCAUAUCGUUCGGUCCUGUCGCUUAAUUGCCGGUCGUCGAUACACGCCCGCUUGGUCGGUCUCAUCUCGUCAAUUUCACCAGUCUCUUUUUCGUUACUCACAGCCAUCUCCCGAGUCCAAUGGCGCCUCGGACUCAAAUUCCGAUACCCGGAAUGGUGUACAGCCCAUCGACAUGAAUGCACAGCCUGCGGAACAUGCUCAAGACUCGACUAAUUCGAAUCAGUCAUCAGCCGGACGAAAAAGUUAUAUAUCAGGUCUUCGUCGGACAUGGAAAGAAAAAAAACCCCUGUCAGAGGAUGCAUCGGCCACUGCUACAAUUCCUCAAUGGUUUAUAGAUAGGAAUGUCGUUACGUACGCCCAAGCAGUUGACAUACCACCCCAGCUAUAUGUCAAAUCCUUCAAGCAGACAGCAUCGACUCCGUCAUCGCCACCACCGUCUGAAGAAGUCACGAGCAAUGCACAAGAAAGUACGUCAGAGAAAUUAGACAAUGAGGGUCCCAGCGGCGAUAUGCCUGGGCCAACUGUCAACAAUGGUCGUUAUACACUAGAUCGUGAUGUCUGGUCCAGACUGAAGCUUUCAGUCAAAGCAGGAUUUACAUCCCCGUCCGCGCAGUAUGUCAAUGAUCCAGCAACGGAAAAGUCGCACAUCCUUCUGCAAUAUCCCCACAGAAGAAAUGAGGCCAAUAUUGAUGUCAUUGGUGGAAGCUUGUUUUUGCAUGCUGUGGUUCAAAGCUUAGCGAAGCAUGAAAAGGCAGAUCUGAUGACACUGAAUGCGCAGGAUAUUGCUCGGCUGUGCAGUGAGCAAGCUCGGGCAGAAGGUAAGACCUCCUCGUCAAUACGAAACCUGGGAUACGAGAUCUACAAUUCCUGGAAUAAAAAGCGUAGACUGGAUAUGGAGUCGCCCCUGGAUAAGGAGGAGACUCGCGACGACGGCGACUCUUCAAUCUCUCUUUCAGGCUCCAACAUACGCCCGCAUAUAUUACCUAUUGAAGUCACACUUCCAGAUACGCAACUACCUAAUUGGUUAUUGUCAUCCUUCGGGGGCGGUACGGACAGUGCUCGCACAUCCCGCACAGAGACCAGUGCAUGGAUGCGUGUUAUCAAUCAGUUAACGUCUAUAGCCUCUCAAAAUCAGCCUGCUUCCAGUGACAGUACUGCUACGCAAGAUACCAAGACUGGGAAGAAGCCCGAUAUGUCACCAAAAACGAUCAUUCAUAUUCAAGAUUACGUGGAGUUAAUGCAGACUCGAGAAGGCUCAAAGUUUCUAAGAUUGUUACUGGAUGCGAUUCACAGCCGUCGACGCGAAGGUCACAGAAUUCUACUGAUUGGAACGUCGUCGGGAUAUCGGGACGUAUACUUCGACAAGGAGAUGUCUCCGCUGCCAAUCGUUGAGCAAACGAGACUUUACCUUGAUAGCUCGGCUAGACCCUUUGCUUCCCCCAUCGCCGUCUUUCCCUCGAUGGAUCCGAAGGAACUCAGUGUCAAAUUCACCGAAGACCGGCGCUCUCGAAUUAGAGAUAUCAAUAUACGGCAUCUGCAAGACAUGCUCCGUCUGCGGGUAGAUACAGACACCACCCCCAUAGAUGACAACAUCUUUGACCCAGCCUCCUGGCCCGAUGACAUCGACGCGCCCACCUCACAUUUUGGACUGAAUAAUGAUUACUUGGGCUAUACUCGUGUACACAAUCUUAGCUCGAUGAUCAUGGGUGCUGUGCCACCCAACGAGAAGUUGAGCUUCAAGCACAUUCGACAAGCAUUCCUAGCUGAGACCAGGCAUAGGAAAUCUUGUGAAAAUUGGUACUCGCCUUCCAGAUCCUCAGGGCCUAUAGCUUGGGGGGCUAAUGGAAAGCCAAUGACUUCUGAAGUCGAUGAAGGACUCAGAGUUUCGAAACUGGAUACAAUCUCACAGCUCGAGUGUAACAAAUACGAAAAAAAGCUUUUGGGUGGCGUUGUCGAUGCGGAUAGUAUCCGGACGACAUUUUCCGAUGUCCACGUGCCUUCCGAGACGGUUGAGUCUCUGAAGACAUUAACUUCUCUCUCGUUGCAGAGACCGGAUGCGUUCACUUAUGGUGUGCUUGCAUCCGAUAAAAUACCUGGAAUGCUUCUGUAUGGACCCCCUGGAACCGGAAAAACAUUGCUUGCCAAAGCAGUAGCUCGAGAAAGUGGUGCGACGGUCUUGGAGGUCAGUGGGUCGGACAUAUACGACAUGUACGUUGGUGAAGGCGAGAAAAACGUCAGAGCCAUCUUCACCCUUGCAAAAAAGCUUAGCCCUUGCGUUGUUUUUAUCGAUGAGGCAGAUGCCAUUUUUGGAUCUCGAAAUCAAAGCCGAAAUCGUUUCUCGUCUCACCGGGAGCUGAUCAAUCAGUUCCUACGAGAAUGGGAUGGUAUGAAUGAUAUGUCGGCUUUCAUCAUGGUGGCAACGAACAGACCUUUUGAUCUUGAUGACGCUGUUCUUCGACGCCUUCCUCGCAGGCUCUUGGUGGAUCUACCUGUCGAACAAGAUCGUGAAGCAAUUCUUAAAAUACAUUUGAAGAAUGAGCAAUUAGACUCCUCGGUUGAUCUCGCAGACUUGGCACGUCGAACUCCAUUCUAUUCCGGAUCUGACCUCAAGAACGUCUGUGUAGCCGCUGCCUUGACCUGUGUCCGUGAGGAAUACGAGAACAAGACCCAGCACACAGGCGAAACACCAUAUCACUACCCCGAACGACGUACGCUAACUCAAUCACACUUUGAGCGCGCCAUGGAGGAGAUAAGUGCAUCAAUCAGUGAGGAUAUGUCGUCACUCGAUGAGAUCCGCAAAUUCGACGAAAAGUUUGGCGAUCGCAAGGCCAGACGCAAAAGGAAGGCAUCUUGGGGUUUUAUGCCUCUGCACGAUGCCCAAGCACCGUUGGACACAACCCGGGUGCGUACUUGA